ACGUUACAGAUGAAGUCGGGACUACAGAAUUUACUAACGCCACUUCAGAAGCUGACCUGAUCAUUGGACUUCAUGAAAUCAUCUUUCAGGCCACAGACGACGCUGGAAAUGCAGCUUUCUGUAGUCUGUUUGUAUUGGUAGAAGAUCGGGAGUUACCGAAUAUCACCUGCCCAUAUAACAUCACGGUACCUAACGAACCUGGUGAAUACUAUGCUAAUGUGACCUGGGAUGAACCGAUCACUAGUGACAAUUCUGGUCAGUUCUCUUCAUAUGGAACGUACAACUCGGGCACAGUAUUUUCUGCAGAAAUCACGUUUGAGGUGGACUACUACGUCACUGAUUUCAGUGGUAACUUCGCCGAGUGCUCGUUCUUUGUGAUAGUUGAAGAUGUAGAAGAUCCGCUGCUAACUUGUCCUACAAAUAUAGCUGCUUUCACCCUUCCUAGCUUGCCCUAUGCCGUGAUUGUCGUCCCUUCACCAAACGUAACAGAUAACUCCAUUUCAGGAGUUCAAUCUACUAAUGAUAAUGCAUACACGUUAAGCAUAGGGAGUUACGUCUUAACGUUUUUGGCUGAGGAUCUUGCCGGGAACCAAGAUACAUGUAAUGUCACAAUUACAGUCAUAGAUGCUGAACCUCCAAAUAUCACUUGUCCUGAUGAUAUUAUUCGGAAUCAGACCACAGGCAGUCAAGUCACCAACGUAUCGUGGUCGACCCCGACAGCGGUGGAUAAUUCAGGAAGUACAACAACCCCAAUAGCCAAUCCUAUGUCAGGAUCCAUGUUUCCAAUUGGUACAACAGUGGUGAACAUUACAACGAGUGAUCUGAAUGAAAACAAUGCAACAUGCCAAUUCACAGUAACAAUAUUAGAUAAUGAAGCCCCUAUUCUUAACUGCCCAAAUAUAUCUUCGACCACGGAUGCUGGAUUCAAUUUUUCAUCUUCUGUUAUGCUGAAUUCAACUGCAGCUGACAACGUUGAUGCUAAUGUCUCUGCGAAUUGCAUUCCUUCAUCAUUCAAUAAUUUCCUAGUAGGGGACACCAUCGUAAACUGUACUUCGACAGAUACUGCAGGAAACACCGGAAGCUGUAGUUUGGUCGUGACAGUAAAAGAUGACGAAGCUCCUAUACUCAAUUGUCCGAAUAUUACUUCGACUACCGAUACUGGAUUCAAUUUCUCGUCUACUGUAAUGCUGAAUUCAACCGCAAUCGACAACGUUGAUGCUGAUGUUUCUGUGGAUUGCAUUCCUUCAUCAUUCAAUAAUUUCCUAGUAGGGGACACCAAUGUACACUGUACUUCGACAGAUACUGCAGGAAACACUGGAAGCUGUAGUUUGAUCGUGACAGUAUUAGAUGACGAAGCUCCUAUGCUUAACUGUCUAAAUAUUACUUCGACUACCGAUACUGGAUUCAACUUUUCAUCUUCUGUCAUCUUGAAUUCAACUGCAACUGACAACGUUGACACUAAUGUCUCUGCGUAUUGCAUUCCUUCAUCUGAAGAUGAUUUCGUAGUAGGAGACACCAUCGUAAAUUGUACUUCGACAGAUACUGCAGGAAACAUCGGAAGCUGUAUUUUGAUUGUGACAGUAAUAGAUGACGAAGCUCCUAUGCUUAACUGUCCAAAUAUUACAUCGACUACCGAUACUGGAUUCAAUUUUUCAUCUUCUGUCAUCUUGAAUUCAACUGCAACUGACAACGUUGGCACUGAUGUCUCUGCUUAUUGCAUUCCUUCGUCUGAAGAUGACUUCGUAGUAGGGGACACCAUCGUAAACUGUACUUCGACAGAUACUGCAGGAAACACUGGAAGCUGUAGUUUGAUCGUGACAGUAUUAGAUGACGAAGCUCCUAUGCUUAACUGUCCAAAUAUUACUUCGACUACCGAUACUGGAUUCAAUUUUUCAUCUUCCGUCAUCUUGAAUUCAACUGCAACUGACAACGUUGACACUGUUGUCUCUGCUUAUUGCAUUCCUUCGUCUGAAGAUGAAUUCGUAGUAGGGGACACCAUCGUAAACUGUACUUCGACAGAUACUGCAGGAAACACUGGAAGCUGUAGUUUGAUCGUGACAGUAUUAGAUGACGAAGCUCCUAUGCUUAACUGUCCAAAUAUUACUUCGACUACCGAUACUGGAUUCAAUUUUUCAUCUUCCGUCAUCUUGAAUUCAACUGCAACUGACAACGUUGAUACUGAUGUCUCUGCUUAUUGCAUUCCUUCGUCUGAAGAUGACUUCGUAGUAGGGGACACCAUCGUAAACUGUACUUCGUCAGAUACUGCAGGAAACACUGGAAGCUGUAGUUUGAUCGUGACAGUAUUAGAUGACGAAGCUCCUAUGCUUAACUGUCCAAAUAUUACUUCGACUACCGAUACUGGAUUCAAUUUUUCAUCUUCCGUCAUGCUGAAUUCAACUGCAACUGACAACGUUGAUACUGAUGUCUCUGCGAAUUGCAUUCCUUCGUCUGAAGAUGACUUCGUAGUAGGGGACACCAUCGUAAACUGUACUUCGACAGAUACUGCAGGAAACACCGGAAGCUGUAGUUUGGUCGUGACAGUAAAAGAUGACGAAGCUCCUAUGCUUAACUGUCCAAAUAUUACUUCGACUACCGAUACUGGAUUCAAUUUUUCCUCUUCUGUCAUCUUGAAUUCAACUGCAACUGACAACGUUGACACUGAUGUCUCUGCUUAUUGCAUUCCUUCGUCUGAAGAGGACUUCGUAGUAGGGGACACCAUCGUAAACUGUACUUCGUCAGAUACUGCAGGAAACACUGGAAGCUGUAGUUUGAUCGUGACAGUAUUAGAUGACGAAGCUCCUAUGCUUAACUGUCCAAAUAUUACUUCGACUACCGAUACUGGAUUCAAUUUUUCAUCUUCCGUCAUGCUGAAUUCAACUGCAACUGACCACGUUGAUACUGAUGUCUCUGCGAAUUGCAUUCCUUCGUCUGAAGAUGACUUCGUAGUAGGGGACACCAUCGUAAACUGUACUUCGACAGAUACAGCAGGAAACACCGGAAGUUGUAGUUUGGUCGUGACCGUAAAAGAUGACGAAGCUCCUGUACUCAAUUGUCCGAAUAUUACUUCGACGACCGAUACUGGAUUCAACUUUUCAUCUUCUGUCAUCUUGAAUUCAACUGCAACUGACAACGUUGACACUGAUGUCUCUGCGUACUGCAUUCCUUCAUCUGAAGAUGAUUUCGUAGUAGGGGACACCAUCGUAAAUUGUACUUCGACAGAUACUGCAGGAAACAUCGGAAGCUGUAUUUUGAUUGUGACAGUAAUAGAUGACGAAGCUCCUAUACUCAAUUGUCCAAAUAUUACUUCGACUACCGAUACUGGAUUCAAUUUUUCAUCUUCUGUCAUCUUGAAUUCAACUGCAAUUGACAACGUUGACACUGAUGUCUCUGCGAAUUGCAUUCCUUCAUCUGAAGAUGAUUUCGUAGUAGGGGACACCAUCGUAAAUUGUACUUCGACAGAUGCUGCAGGAAACACUGGAAGCUGUAGUUUGAUCGUGACAGUAAAAGAUGACGAAGCUCCUAUACUCAAUUGUCCGAAUAUUACUUCGACUACCGAUACUGGAUUCAAUUUCUCGUCUACUGUAAUGCUGAAUUCAACCGCAAUCGACAAUGUUGAUGCUGAUGUUUCUGUGGAUUGCAUUCCUUCAUUCAAUAAUUUCCUAGUAGGGAACACCAAUGUAAACUGUACUUCGACAGAUACUGCAGGAAACACUGGAAGCUGUAGUUUGAUCGUGACAGUAUUAGAUGACGAAGCUCCUAUGCUUAGCUGUCCAAAUAUUACUUCGACGACCGAUACUGGAUUCAACUUUUCAUCUUCUGUCAUCUUGAAUUCAACUGCAACUGACAACGUUGACACUGAUGUCUCUGCGUAUUGCAUUCCUUCAUCUGAAGAUGAUUUCGUAGUAGGGGACACCAUCGUAAAUUGUACUUCGACAGAUACUGCAGGAAACAUCGGAAGCUGUAUUUUGAUUGUGACAGUAAUAGAUGACGAAGCUCCUAUACUCAAUUGUCCAAAUAUUACUUCGACUACCGAUACUGGAUUCAAUUUUUCAUCUUCUGUCAUCUUGAAUUCAACUGCAACUGACAACGUUGACACUGAUGUCUCUGCGAAUUGCAUUCCUUCAUCUGAAGAUGAUUUCGUAGUAGGGGACACCAUCGUAAAUUGUACUUCGACAGAUGCUGCAGGAAACACUGGAAGCUGUAGUUUGAUCGUGACAGUAAAAGAUGACGAAGCUCCUAUACUCAAUUGUCCGAAUAUUACUUCGACUACCGAUACUGGAUUCAAUUUCUCGUCUACUGUAAUGCUGAAUUCAACCGCAAUCGACAAUGUUGAUGCUGAUGUUUCUGUGGAUUGCAUUCCUUCAUUCAAUAAUUUCCUAGUAGGGAACACCAAUGUAAACUGUACUUCGACAGAUACUGCAGGAAACACUGGAAGCUGUAGUUUGAUCGUGACAGUAUUAGAUGACGAAGCUCCUAUGCUUAGCUGUCCAAAUAUUACUUCGACGACCGAUACUGGAUUCAACUUUUCAUCUUCUGUCAUCUUGAAUUCAACUGCAACUGACAACGUUGACACUGAUGUCUCUGCGUAUUGCAUUCCUUCAUCUGAAGAUGAUUUCGUAGUAGGGGACACCAUCGUAAAUUGUACUUCGACAGAUACUGCAGGAAACAUCGGAAGCUGUAUUUUGAUUGUGACAGUAAUAGAUGACGAAGCUCCUAUACUCAAUUGUCCAAAUAUUACUUCGACUACCGAUACUGGAUUCAAUUUUUCAUCUUCUGUCAUCUUGAAUUCAACUGCAACUGACAACGUUGACACUGAUGUCUCUGCGAAUUGCAUUCCUUCAUCUGAAGAUGAUUUCGUAGUAGGGGACACCAUCGUAAAUUGUACUUCGACAGAUGCUGCAGGAAACACUGGAAGCUGUAGUUUGAUCGUGACAGUAAAAGAUGACGAAGCUCCUAUACUCAAUUGUCCGAAUAUUUCUUCGACUACCGAUACUGGAUUCAAUUUCUCGUCUACUGUAAUGCUGAAUUCAACCGCAAUCGACAACGUUGAUGCUGAUGUUUCUGUGGAUUGCAUUCCUUCACCAUUCAAUAAUUUCCUAGUAGGGAACACCAAUGUAAACUGUACUUCGACAGAUACUGCAGGAAACACUGGAAGCUGUAGUUUGAUCGUGACAGUAUUAGAUGACGAAGCUCCUAUGCUUAACUGUCCAAAUAUUACUUCGACGACCGAUACUGGAUUCAACUUUUCAUCUUCUGUCAUCUUGAAUUCAACUGCAACUGACAACGUUGACACUGAUGUCUCUGCGUAUUGCAUUCCUUCAUCUGAAGAUGAUUUCGUAGUAGGGGACACCAUCGUAAAUUGUACUUCGACAGAUACUGCAGGAAACAUCGGAAGCUGUAUUUUGAUUGUGACAGUAAUAGAUGACGAAGCUCCUAUACUUAACUGUCCAAAUAUUACUUCGACUACCGAUACUGGAUUCAAUUUUUCAUCUUCCGUCAUCUUGAAUUCAACUGCAACUGACAACGUUGACACUGAUGUCUAUGCGGAUUGUAUUCCUUCAUCUGAAGAUGAUUUCGUAGUAGGGGACACCAUUGUAAACUGUACUUCGACAGAUGCUGCAGGAAACACGGGAAGCUGUAGUUUGAUCGUGACAGUAUUAGAUGACGAAGCUCCUGUACUUAACUGUCCAAAUGUUACUUCGACUACCGAUACUGGAUUUAAUUUUUCAUCUUCCGUCAUCUUGAAUUCAACUGCAACUGACAACGUUGACACUGAAGUCUCUGCGGAUUGCAUUCCUUCGUCUGAAGAUGACUUCGUGGUAGGGGACACCGUCGUAAAUUGUACUUCGACAGAUACUGCAGGAAACACCGGAAGCUGUAUUUUGAUUGUGACAGUAAUAGAUGACGAAGCUCCUAUACUUUACUGUCCGAAUAUUACUUCGACUACCGAUACUGGAUUCAAUUUUUCAUCUUCCGUCAUCUUGAAUUCAACUGCAACUGACAACGUUGACACUGAUGUCUAUGCGGAUUGCAUUCCUUCAUCUGAAGAUGAUUUCGUAGUAGGGGACACCGUCAUAAAUUGUUCUUCGACAGAUACUGCAGGAAACACCGGAAGCUGUAGUUUGAUCGUGACAGUAAUAGAUGACGAAGCUCCAAUGCUUAAUUGUCCUAAUAUAACUUCGACUACCGAUACUGGAUUCAAUUUUUCAUCUUCCGUCAUCUUGAAUUCAACUUCAAAUGACAACGUUGACACCGAUGUCUCUGCGUAUUGCAUUCCUUCAUCUGAAGAUGAUUUCGUAGUAGGGGACACCAUUGUAAACUGUACUUCGACAGAUGCUGCAGGAAACACUGGAUUCUGUAGUUUGGUCGUGACCGUAAUAGAUGACGAAGCUCCUAUACUCGACUGUCAGAAUAUUACUUCGACUACCGAUACUGGAUUCAAUUUUUCAUCUUCCGUCAUCUUGAAUUCAACUGCAACUGACAACGUUGACACUGAUGUCUAUGCGGAUUGCAUUCCUUCAUCUGAAGAUGAUUUCGUAGUAGGGGACACCAUUAUAAACUGUACUUCGACAGAUGCUGCAGGAAACACUGGAUUCUGUAGUUUGGCCGUGACCGUAAUAGAUGACGAAGCUCCUAUACUCAACUGUCAGAAUAUUACUUCGACUACCGAUACUGGCUUCAAUUUUUCAUCUUCCGUCAUCUUGAAUUCAACUGCAACCGACAACGUUGACACUGAUGUCUAUGCGGAUUGCAUUCCUUCAUCUGAAGAUGAUUUCGUAGUAGGGGACACCAUCGUAAAUUGUACUUCGACAGAUACUGCAGGAAACACGGGAAGCUGCAGUUUGAUCGUGACAGUGAUAGAUGACGAAGCUCCUAUACUUAAUUGUCCAAAUGCUACUUCGACUACCGACACUGGAUUCAAUUUUUCAUCUUCUGUCAUGCUGAAUUCAACCGCAACUGACAACAUUGAUACUGAUGUCUCUGUGUAUUGCAUUCCUUUAUCUGAAGAUGAUUUCGUAUUAGGGAAGACCAUUGUAAAUUGUACUUCGACAGAUACUUCAGGAAACACCGGAAGCUGUAGUUUGGUCGUGACAGUAAUAGAUGACGAAGCUCCUAUACUUAACUGUCCAAAUAUUACCUCGACUACCGAUACUGGAUUCAAUUUCUCGUCUACUGUAAUGCUGAAUUCAACUGCAAUUGACAACGUUGAUACUGAUGUCUCUGUAGAUUGCAUUUCUUCAUCAGAAGAUAAUUUCGUAGUAGGGGACACCAUUGUAAACUGUACUUCGACAGAUACUGCAGGAAAUAACGGAAGUUGUAGUUUGGUCGUGACAGUAAAAGACGACGAAGCUCCUGUUCUUAAAUGUUCCAAUAUUACUUCGACUACGGAUAAUGGAUUCAGUUUUUCAUCUUCUGUUAUGCUGAAUUCAACUGCAACAGACAACGCCGAUCCUUAUGUUUCUGUGGAUUGCAUUCCUUCAUCUUUCGACAAUUUCCUAGUAGGGGACACCGUCGUAAACUGUACUUCGACAGAUUCUGCAGGAAACACUGGAUUCUGUAGUUUGAUCGUAACAGUCAUUGAUGAUGAACCUCCUGUCCUUAACUGCCCAAACAUAUCUUCUAUUUCGGAUGUUGGAUUCAAUUAUUCAUCUUCCGUCAUGCUGAAUUCAAAUGCAACUGACAACGUUGACACUGAUGUCUAUGUGGAUUGCAUUCCUUCAUCUGAAGAUGAUUUCGUAGUAGGGGAUACCAUUGUAAAUUGUUUUUCGACAGAUACUGCAGGAAACACCGGAAGCUGUAGUUUGAUCGUGACAGUAAUAGAUCACCUAUUCUGCCCGGAGAAUAUGUCGACCAUCGUAGAUCCAUUCUCCGAGACGGCCACCGUUGUCCUACCAUCGAUUGGGGUUGGCGUGGUGACAUCGCCCCGAAACGGCUCAGUUUUUAUGCAAGGUUCCACACCAGUAUUUGUCACUAGAGAAGAGGAGCAAUGUAUCUUCUACGUAUAUGUGGAACCUUUGAUACAGCCAACAUGUGACGAUAUUUUUCAGCUCUCGUCACGUUCGACAGUCGUCGUGAUUUGGUUCGUUGAGGAGCCCACCCAAUACUCACUGGAGAUCGUUGUUGGAAACGAGACGGCCUCGUACGUUCCAAUGUUUAACAUUGCCUUCAUCGAAGUGAGCGUGCCUUCUGUACUGACCGGUGUGGUGUCAAUAACUGAUCAUCCUGACAACAACUGCAGCUUUACUUUAUCAGUUUUUCCAUACACUUGCAAUGUGACGUCAUAUCCAUCGGAGUAUCUUACGGCUCUAUCGGCGACAAACCAAGAAUUUGAUAUUCCUCCUGAGGAACAGUGCUUCAAUGAGAGCAUGAUCACCGUCAACACGACGUGUAUCUUCGGGUGCGACGUCGGGUAUAAUCUUAUAGGCAAUGAAAGCGUUUCGUGUCUUGAGGAUGGGCUCUCAGACACUCUACCGACUUGUGAAUUGGUCACGUGCCAAUUGCCUUCAAUGCUUCCAUCCUUCCUGCAAACCACAUCCACUGUUAAUAAUUGUACGAAAGGAGAGCAGAUCGUCUACAGCACAUCAUGUUCGUACGAUUGUGAGGUCGGAUAUAACUUGACAGGGAACAGUACAGUCACGUGUCUCGAGAACGGGGAACUCUCCAGUGAAUUACCUAAAUGUGGAAUUGUGCAGUGCUUUGUGCCAAGUUUCUCAGAACGGCUGAUCUCUUUUGAAAACACCACUUGUUACGAGAGAAUGUACAUCAACUUUACUGAUAGCUGCUACUUCGAAUGUGAUGUUGGUUAUAAUCUGAUCGGUAAUGGUACGGUGACUUGCGAGAAAGAUGCCCUUCUGUCGUCGGAAUUACCAACGUGCCAAGUGGUAUCCUGUUCCAUACCUGUGCUUCCACCAAGGUUAUCGACAAUGACGUCACAGUGCAAUGGAAGACAAUCCAUUAAUUACACAGAUACCUGUUCAUAUUCAUGCGAUGAGGGAUAUAAUCUUAUUGGAUCUGAAUCAGUCACAUGUCUAGCUAACACAUCACUUUCUGAUUUCCUGCCGACUUGUGAAGUUGUAUCCUGUUCAAUACCUGUACUUCCACCACGGCUAUCAACAAUGACGUCACAAUGUAAUGAAGGACAAUCCAUUAAUUACACAGAUACCUGUUCAUAUUCAUGUGAUGUGGGAUAUAAUCUUAUUGGAUCUGAAUCAGUCACAUGUCUUGCUAACAAAUCACUAUCUGAUUUCCUGCCAAUUUGUGAAGUUGUGACUUGCAGCGUGCCACUUCUCUCAACGCCUCUUUCAACAUCAUGCCCGAUGGGACAAGAAGUGAACUACAACACAUCCUGUGAAUUUUCAUGCAGUCCUGGCUUCGAUAUUAUUGGAUCGACAUCAUUAGACUGCUUAGCAAAUGGAACACUGUCCGGUGAUAUACCGAUGUGUGAAAUUGUAGUGUGUCCAGUCCCUGAAGUAUUCCACCCUGAAUUGUCUUCGAUAUUUAGAAACUGCAGUGAAGGAAGUUCUAUUGAAUUCAAUACCACGUGUGUCUUCGAAUGUUCAGAAGGAUAUGAUUUGAUUGGCAGUGAGAGUGUCAAGUGUCAGAGUAACGGAACCUUAUCUGAAUCACUGCCGACAUGUAACGUUGUAUCAUGUUCCAUACCAGUGCUUCCAUCACAUCUAUCGGCAAUGACGUCACAAUGCGAUGGAGGCCAGUCAAUCAAUUACACAGAUAUCUGUUUAUAUUCAUGUGAUGUGGGAUAUAAUCUUACUGGAUCUGAAUCGGUCACAUGUCUAGCUAAUACAUCACUUUCUGAUUUCCUGCCAACUUGUGAAGUUGUGACUUGCAGCGUACCACAACUCCUACCACCUCUUUCAACAUCAUGCCCGAUGGGACAAGAAGUAAACUACAACACAUCCUGUGAAUUUUCAUGCAGUCCUGGCUUCGAUAUUAUUGGAUCGACAUCAUUAGACUGCUUAGCAAAUGGAACACUGUCCGGUGAUAUACCGAUGUGUGAAAUUGUAGUGUGUCCACUCCCUGAAGUAUUCCACCCUGAAUUGUCUUCGAUUUUUAGAAACUGCAGUGAAGGAAGUUCUAUUGACUUCGAUACCACGUGUGUCUUCGAAUGUUCAGAGGGAUAUGAUUUGAUUGGCAAUCAGAGUGUCAGUUGUCAGAGUAAUGGCACCUUAUCUGAAUCACUACCGACGUGUAACGUCAUAUCAUGUUCCAUACCAGUGCUUCCACUACGCCUUUCAACAAUGACGCUACAAUGCAAUGGAGGACAGUCCAUUAAUUACACAGAUACCUGUUCAUAUUCUUGUGAUAUUGGAUAUAAUCUUAUUGGAUCUGAAUCAGUCACAUGUCUAGCUAACACAUCACUGUCCGAUAUCCUGCCGACCUGUGAAGUUGUAGUGUGUCAACUCCCUGAAGUAUUCCACCCUGAACUGUCUUCGGUGUUUGGAAACUGUAGCGAAGGAAGUUCUAUCGACUUCGAUACCACUUGUUCAUUUGAAUGUUCAGAAGGAUAUGAUUUGAUGGGCAGUGAGAAUGUCGGUUGUCUGAGUAAUGGAACCUUGUCUGAGUCACUGCCCACAUGUAACGUUGUAUCCUGUUCCAUACCUGUGCUUCCACCACGCCUUUCCACAAUGAUGUCACAAUGUAAUGGAGGACAAUCCAUUAAUUACACAGAUAUCUGUUUAUAUUCAUGUGAUGUGGGAUAUAAUCUUAUUGGAUCAGAUUCGGUCACAUGUCUAGCUAAUACAUCACUUUCUGAUUUCUUGCCAACUUGUGAAGUGGUCACGUGCCAAUUACCUACAAUGUUUCCAUCCUUCCUGCAAACCACAUCCACUGUUAAUAAUUGUACGGAAGGAGAGCAGAUCCUCUACAAUACUUCUUGUUCGUAUGAUUGUGAGGUCGGAUAUAACUUAACAGGGAACAGCACAGUCUCAUGUCUGGAGAACGGCGAUCUCUCCAGUGAAUUACCCAAAUGUGGAGUUUUGCAGUGCUAUGUUCCAAGUUUCUCAGACGGGCUGAUCUCCCUUGAAAGCACAUGUUACGAGAGAAUGUACAUCAACUAUACUGAUAGCUGCUACUUCGAAUGUGAGGUUGGUUUUGAUCUGAUUGGUAAUGAUACGGUUACCUGCGGGGAAGACGCUCUCCUGUCAUCGGACUUACCAGCAUGCCAAGUUGUAAUGUGUCCACUUCCAGAAGUAUUCCAUCCUGAACUGUCUUCGAAGUUUAGAAACUGUAGCGGAGGAAGUUCUAUUGAAUUCGAUACCACGUGCACCUUUGAAUGUUCAGAAGGAUAUGAUUUGAUUGGCAGUGAGAGUGUCAGAUGUCAGAGUAAUGGAACCUUAACUGAAUCACCGCCGACAUGUAACGUUGUAUCCUGUUCCAUACCUGAGCUUCCGUCACACUCGUCAACUAUGACGUCACAGUGUAAUGGGGGACAAUCCAUUAAUUACACACAAACCUGUUCAUUUUCAUGUGAUACGGGAUAUAAUCUGGUUGGAUCUUCAUCAGUAACAUGUCUGGCUAACUCGUCUCUUUCUGACAGCUUACCAACGUGUGAAAUUGAGACGUGUGACGUACCACAGCUGCUAUCACCUCUUUCAACCUCAUGUCCGAUGGGUCAACAAGUUGGAUACAAUACAUCCUGUGAAUUUUCAUGCGAAAAUGGCUAUACUCUACAAGGAAUGCCAUCUUUGACUUGCCUGGCCAGCGGAAACUUUUCUGAUUAUAUACCAACCUGCCAAAUUGUGACCUGUCUUCUUCCUGUGGUAUUCUCCCAAGAACUAUCUUCUGUAGACUGUGACGCUGGAAGCUCCAUUGACUUUAAUUCAAUGUGUACAUUCGAGUGUUCUGAAGGAUACAAUUUAGUUGGUAGUAGUACUAUUACUUGCCAGAGUAAUGGACAAGUAUCACCAUCUUUUCCUACCUGUUCAGUCGUAUCUUGUUCCAUACCUGAGCUUCCGUCACACUUGUCAACUAUGACGUCACAGUGCAAUGGGGGACAAUCCAUCAAUUACACACAAACCUGCUCAUUUUCAUGUGAUACGGGAUACAACCUGGUUGGAUCUUCAUCAGUAUCAUGUCUCGCUAACUCGUCUCUUUCUCAAAGCUUACCAACGUGUGAAAUUGUGACGUGCAGCAUCCCAAUGUUCCCAGCAAAUCUGACUACACCAAACACUACUCAGUGUGGUGAAGAGAUGGUGAUAGACUAUAACACACUGUGCAUGUAUGAAUGUCAGCCGGGCUAUGACCUCAUCGGGAACACCUCCAUCGGUUGCCAGGCUAACGGUGAACUUUCCGCUGAUCUGCCCACUUGCCAAGUCAUUGAUAUAUGCCAGCGAUUCUCCCCUUGCCCUACGGUAUCGACGUGCAAUGGGGGCAUCAACACCUUCUCUUGUUCGUGCAAUGCUGGAUACACCACGGAUGUCACCAUAACGAGUGACACAACCACAUAUACAUGCAUGAACAUCAUCGAAUGUAACCUGUCACCUCCCGUGUGUGACAGCAACGCUCAAUGUGACGAUUUAAGUGGCAGCUUCCUGUGUACGUGUAUGGAGGGGUUCUCCGGCAAUGGCACAUUCUGUGAAGCUUUAGAACCUUGUUCCCUGUCACCUUGCCAAAAUGGAGGAACAUGUACCAAUACUGAUGACGGAUCAUCGUAUGUAUGCACCUGUCCACAAUCGUUUACUGACGUUAAUUGUAACACUGUGAUUGUAGAACAAGAGCCCCUUGCGGUUGUCACCAAUCCCGUGUCUCAGAUGGUUGAUUUUGAGGAUCGGGUCACCUUCUCGUGUUCUUUCCAGAACGCUCAGAGCUUCAGGUGGUUCAAGGAUAGUGCCCCUAUCCCCAACAGUGAGAACCAAUCUCCAUUAGUGAUCAACCCAGCUCUUGCAGAAGAUCAGGGAUAUUAUUACUGCUCUGCUGUCGGUGAAGAUGACACCACUGCUACAACGGAUCAAGCGUUGCUCACGGUUAACGGUGUUGAUAAUUAUGUAGUAAUGGCUACAUUUUUAACCAAGACUUUCAACAAUAGUCUAUUGGAUAGAACAUCUUCAUACUUUAUUCAGCUGUCCAAUGAAUUGAUAAAUUUCAUCACCACUCCUCUGCAGAAUAACUUCGAUUCCAGUGUAGCAGUGAGCGUGAAUACACUUUCUUCUGGAAGUGUUGUGUCGGAGUUUGGUGUCUACAUAUACAAUGGUUCAGUACCAGACAGUGAGCAGCUAUCCAUCAUCCGUUCGACGAUGACAAAUCUUGCUGAAGAAAAUCCUACCUUCCUAGAUCCAUCAUCUAUUCAGACAUUCAGUGCAGUGACCUGCCCAGCGGGAUCUUACAUCACAAGCUAUGGUUAUGAGGCCAUGUUUGAUACCGGAGACAUUGGCAGCAGGGCUAACUCCACUGAUACCAAUUGUCCUGAUUAUACCAUUAAUAGGGACUAUCGUAUAGAAGCCAUAUGCGUUGGUGAUACAGUUCGUCCCUGUGUUUGGGUACCCCAGAUGAACUGUGGAAGGAAUCUUACUGCCGACGAACUACUCAAGAUUCUACUUCAGGAGGAAGUUACCGAAGACAACGCAGAAAUGGUGGUGGAGGAAGUGGCAGAAAUUACGACCAUGACCGAGACCAUCUCAACAGAAGGCUUGGAGAUUGUGGCAGAUUUCCUGGAAGAUAUCGUAGAAUUAGAUACUAGAGAUGUAGAGGUGACUGAAUCAUUUGUGGCCAUUGCCAACAACUACGCAGAUGUAGCGGAGGAAACACGUGAUAUGGCUGAAGAUGAGACUGGUGCUUCAAGCCGUGUCGUAGUAUCCUUAGAAACACAACUCGCUGUAGUAGAAGUGCAGAACGACUCUCUCCGGAUUAUUGAGGCAAAUAUUGCCGCUGAGGUACUCGAUGUGACUGCGGACGAAAUCAGUCAAGGCUUAACCGUUUACAUGUCGGCUACACCUGACGGAGAUAGCAUUUCCGGUGAUGACUUUCAGGUAGAGGAAGGCGAUCUAUCAACGCAGCCAGAGGUGCUUCAAGCCCAAGCCACCCUGCUAUUGCCAGCGAUCUUGGCGGACAAGUUAACAGGGUCUACAGGCCGUUUGGUCAUCACCAUUCACCUGGACACAGCUCUCUUCAGGGACAGAGAGCUGACAGAGUUGAACGAGAACCAAACGGAGUUUGGACGAGAGUUGAACUCGAGGAUCAUAGGUGCGGCGGUGGAUAAUGAAGAAAUUGAAGACCUAGAGCAGCCAGUUGUCCUAUCAUUCACUCCGAUCAAUCCAAAUGGGACGAAUGCUACCUGCGUGUCCUACAACUUUACCGAAAAGCGAUGGUCCACGAGAGGGUGUAGAAAGACAAGCAAUGAGAGCACAGACAGGAUAACCUGCGAGUGCGAUCACCUAACCAACUUCGGAAUCCUGAUGGAUAUAUAUGGAGGAGAGGGAUUGUCAGCUCAAGCAGAUUUUAUCCUGGAGAUCAUAAGCUAUGUAGGCUGCUGCAUGUCAAUAUGGGGUCUGGUUAUAACAAUUCUAACAUAUGCAUCAAAUAAGAAACUUCGUGAUCGUAAGCCCAACCAGAUCCUGCUGUCCCUGUCCGCAUCCCUGCUGUGUCUUUACAUCGUCUUCCUCGUCAUGAUAUCGCUCGAUACGGAACGAGGGGUGGAAGAGAUACCCCCUCUGCCCUGCUGUAUUCUUGCCGGCUUCCUCCACUAUUUCACCCUGACAUCCCUUUUCUGGAUGGCCGUGGAGGGCUACAACAUGUACAUCCUCUUUGUACGUGUUCUCAAUACGUAUCUCCCUCGCUUCUUAAGGAAGGCAUCGUUGUUUGCUUGGGGGACCCCUAUGUUGAUAGUUGGAAUUACAGGAGGGGCAUCGAGGCAGUAUUACGCACAGACGGACUUUUGCUUUCUCCAAUUCUGGCCUCUAAUCGGCGGACUUCUGAUUCCAGUUGGACUGAUCAUGAUCUUCAACUUCGUUAUCUUCGUCCGCGUCAUCCUGAGACUAAACAAAACCAUUAAAGGGAAGCAACUUGACAAGACAGAGAAGCGCCAACGCCUGCGAAGAUUCCAGAAUGCAGUGUGCAUCCUUAUCCUCAUGGGGCUAACGUGGGCUGUGGGUUACCUGAGCAUCAUCCAGCCUGCUGCUGAGGUUGUUCAGGGAGUCUUCACCAUCCUCAACUCUUUGCAGGGCUACUUCAUUUUCAUGCUCUACUGCGUCCGCCAGCCUCAGGUUCGCCGCGCAUGGCGCUCGCAGUUCAGCUGUUGCUUGCCCAAGUCCUUCGGCGCGUCUAGCGCCUUCACGUCAACUUCCGGACAGACAAACUCCACGUUCAAGAACAGCUCUGCGAGGCUCAUUGCUCAGAGAGGCCAGCAGAAUAGGUUAUUGGCAAACUCUGAAUCCAAUGGUUUCCGACCUGAGACAAUGAUGCGUACACCACCCGAGAGACUUCCUAGAGCAGCUGCCUAUGAUAAUGAAGGCGGCGACUGGUGAUUGACAAGUGUUUCUAAUCUUGCUUAAAAUCUGUUUAUACAUGUAGAAUAGUGAUUUCUAUCUUACUCAGAGAAUUUGUGUACCUAUCCUUUAUUCCGGCAAAUUGUCAUUGGGAAACAUACAGUAAGCAAGAUGAACAUAAUUCUUCCGUUUUGAAGCCGUUCCAUGUACUAAAGCCUUUGGAGAAAACUAAAUGAACAAAAUUUCGCUGUUUUUCGAAGGAUUCCAGAACGGCUGCAAAUCAGCUUUACAAAAGAAGAGAAAGGGCUGCAAAAAGACCCCAAAAUUUUUUUACAAAGCGAGAAAAAGAGGUUAAAAAAAGAGGCCACAAAAUGGCUAGAUUUUACCGCUCUUUUAGUAGUCAUGGUCAUUUUUUUUUUACUUCGGAGCACCCUUCACCUCGUUGACAGGAGGUCGUAGGUUCAGUAACCGACUGACUCAUUCCAAAAACUUAUGAAAAUGGACACCUGAAAUCUAGCUAGUUCCUCUGCAUGUAGAUUCGAGAAGUGUAGUGAUGUCAAUCGGAUGUAAGAGCAGUUUCAUGAGUUAUAUAUGUAGAUGCCAUGGAAGAAAUAAAACGUCAUUGAAAUUAUUUAUAUCUUAAAGUGGUUAUUUCAUGUGCAGCAAUAAAUAUGAGUAGCAAUAUUGCUUCUAAAAUAUGUAAAGCUUGUGAAAUUCAUCUAAACUAGCUCUUUGUAAAUAUUUUGAUACGAUGUUGCAGUCAUGUUCCCUUCGGGCUAUAAAGACAAUUAUAUUGUGCAUAUUUCAUAGUAAAGAAAUACCAGCUGAAUGUGCUCUUAUAUCGUAUUUCGCAGCUGUAAUGUUUAUUCGAACUUUAUCGCUAAUGAUUCAUUUCCUUACAAGCAUUCAUGCCUUUGAAAUAUUCCAGCCUCAUGUAUUUUCAUGUUUUGCAUUGAAUCGAUUUUAGAUUAUGAUUUUACCCGGCUAUUGGAUCUUCGACUGAGUUAACUGAUAGUGGAGAUGCCUUUUCUGUGAGCUUCGUAAAAUCAAAUAGUAAUAACGUAUGUGUCAUCUUCUUCAAUGUAUUCUAUUCAAUUCCUUUUGUAUAUCCUUAUGCCAUCCUUUUGUUUUUAUGUCUGUUCAAUGAUGCUCAUUGUUGACCAAAAUCGAAACAUUAAUCAAAUAUGAAAGUUUCUAUUGAGUAGAAUAAAUAGAACAAAAAUCAAUAUUCAUCUUGCAAAUUUCAUGACUAUCAGAUGAAAAAUUGAAUAAUGAAAUUCUCAUUUCGCUUAUUUCAUAAAAGAGUGAUCUGCAAUUGAUAACCAUCAUGACAUAUUUCGUAGUCUUGUGAAAUAUACUCUGAAAUUUACACAGUCAUGCUCAACAAAUGCAGUGAUGCACAUUUUAAAAUGCACCGCUUGAACAUAGAGAAUUAUCAGAACAUUUUAUCUGAGGAAUUUUAUUUGUCACCAAUGAAACUAUUAUGUACCUCGCCACUGUAAAAAAAAAUGUAAAGCAGUUCAUAUAUUGGUAGAUCAGUAGAUUGUACCUAAGUGGUAAACGGGACUUGCUAUGGUUAUCUUAUAAAUUGGAUAAACGGGAGAAGAAUUCCAUUGCAAUCAUCUUAGCAAUGGAACGAUAAUUUGAUAAUAUAUUGGGACUUCUAGAGUACGAACGAACAGGGUAAUAUCAUAUAAUCGAUAAUGACGCUCAACCUCCCCCCCCCCCUUUAUCAUGUUUUCCAGAAAAAGAUAAAAACAAAAUAACGUUGUAUAGAGUACCAAAAAUGAUUCUAUUGGACAGCGGAUCGAUGGUGAUUUUAACCAAAUGAUAUUAUUGCUUACAAAAAUUGGCAAGAAACCGACUAGCUAUGAUUUUUUUCUGAGAUAUGUUCAUACAUAAACACUGUUGAUCUUAAAGGAAAGCCGGUAAGAAUUUCAAGAGAGGUGUUGUUUAUUUAUAUUUAAUUGAUAAGUGUAUUCGAAUAAAAUGACAGCGUUUCAAAUGCAAGAUAGCUUAACUAUCACCAAUAUGCGAUCUCUAGAUUGCGUAUUUUAGGAUCAAGCACUUAUUUUAAAAGAAAAACUUUGCCCCUUUAGGGCUUACCGUUUUCAGCAUCAAGUAUUUAUUUUAAAAGAAAUACUUUGCCCCUUUACUUGCUUACCCUUUUUAGGAUCAAGUAUUUAUUUUAAAAGAAAUACUUUGCCACUUUAGGGCUUACUCUUUUUUCCGGACUAGGCACCUUUUCUUUUGCCCUUGAUAGCUAGUGCUGGGGCUUUUUUUGGUUUCCAUUUCAAUAUUUUUGUGCAAUAUUAAUACCGAGCAUAAUUUCAUGGUGAAGAAAAGGAUGGAAUGUUUCAUAUGUAUGUAAAUUAUCCUUUCAUUUUAUUGAAACGUUGCUAACCGUAAUUAUAUUCUAUUCUUCAGAAGAUUGGAAUUCGUGAUGAGUCUUUCAAAUUUAUAGUACUAUGUAAGUCUUUCAUGUUCUUCUAUUGUAGUAUAUUGUAGCAAUUUUAUUUAUAUGACAUAUUAUGGAGUUGAACAGUUUUUCAAGGGUAUACUUUAAAGCCUUUAUACUUGACACUUCUUUCAUCAUCAAAAAUGGAUACAAAUAUGUAAUAUCGUUGAUAGGUACUUCCGUAUAGCAAAUUUACAUUUCUGGUGACGUGUAAACAUCCUACACAGUUGUAAUGUUGUUUAAAAUUGUAUACAAUGUUGUUUACUCUUUGAAUGUUACGGUAGUUUAACUGCUUAAGCAACCUUGCUUAAUGUACGGAAGAUCAGAUAUUGAAAUCUAAACUUUGUUGCUUAAGAACUAUUAAACAACUACUCUAAGGCUAUACACGAAGUUAAUAGCCUGAUGUAAGCCGUUUAAGCAAUAUUACUGUCUAUUCAUGUCUUGAACUAUUGGAAGUUUACCAUUGUUGUAGUAAAGAUUAUCUCAUAAUAUGAUUAAUCAACACAAAUGACUAGUUUUGUUCCCUGAUCAUGUGGUUCGGGUGCAAGUAGACCUAUAAGAAAUGUGUUGUUUAUCUAUUCGUUGUAUUAUUCAAUUGACCAACAUAAUAGAGAGACAAUAUGUAUUUAAUCACAUUUUAUGAUAGCCAUAAUAAUAAUGUCAUAAUUUAAAUCAUAUUAUGUUUUUUCUGAAAUUUAUUUAUGCGAUACGUUUAAUCAGGUUAAGUGUUAUUACUCCUUAUUUAUGUAAUGUUCAUAUAUUGUCUUAAGGAAAAUAAAGUCGCAUCCCUUAUUUUAAGUUUAUCUGUAUCUUUACCUAAUGUUUUAUAUUAUAUUUUUACAUGAAUAAAAUCAACGAUGAAAAUGGGA